CCCAGAUGGCAGCGAUGGCGGAAUGGGCUUUGCUCUCACUUCUCUUUCUGGUGGGCCUUUUCCCUGCAGCCCCGUCCCAGCAAGUACCCGUCCUGCUCUGGUCCAGCGAGAGCUCCGUGUGGAAUUCCCAGCCCAGUAUACACAGUGGGCACAUUGCUACAGAUACUGAGCUCCAGCGCUACCUCGGCCCAGCGCUCACGAAGGGACCCCGCAAUUUACUGUUAUUCUUCCAGGAUAAGUUAAGCAUCGAAGAUUUUACAGCAUUUGCGGGUGUUUACGGCAACAAACAAGACAGCGCGUUCCCUAACCUACAGAGCAUUGUCGAGUCAUCCCCCUCUUCCCUGGUCCUGCCGUCAGUGGACUGGUACGCGGCUAACAUGUUGCCCACAUACCUGAAGGAACGGCUUGGAGUCAGUCCUCUGCAUGUAGAUCAGUCCACUCUCAUGGAACUGAAGCUGAAUGAGACUGUCCCCUCUCUGCUUGUUGUCCGGUUGCCCUAUGGGAGCAGUUCUGGUUUGCUGGCAGCUAAAGAUGUUCUGAGAGCUAACGACCAAGCAAUAGGGCAAGUACUGAGCACGCUAAAGUCAGAGGGUGUGCCCUAUACUGCUUUGCUGACUGCACUUCGCCCCUCACGGGUUAUCAAAGAGGCCUCAUUAGCUGUGGGGAACCUUGGGCGCCAGUUACUUGCCACGGCACAGCCUACACCAAGCUAUCCUCCUGUGGCCUUUAACAGUAGCCGAAACACACCGUGCAUCCUAUUCUGGGCUACCAAUGUCUCUGUGACUGUGGACGAUGUGCAGGUGGAUCUGACUGACCAGACCUUUACUGCCAGUAACCUGGAUCUGACUGGGUCUCUCUGUAACGACAUUAAUUCCGUAUUGGCCAUAACCUACAAGGAAGCAGUGAAAGGAAAUCCCCUAACAUUGCGGUUUUUUCUUAACAGGCGCUUUUACCCCGUCUCUGCCCGCUUCUGGUUCACUCUGAGCCAGGUGGAGAUAAUCUACAGUGGGAACACGGCUACCUUUCUUGCCCCUCAAGUGAACGCCCCCAGUAACUACUCCUUCCAUUGCCAGUACAUUAGUAGUUGGCCAACGUUUGGCUCUGUGCUUGUGAGCAACACCAGCAAGGAUUCGCCCGCCUCCAAAUGGCAGCUGCACAUAGCUGAGUUCCAGAUCCAAGGUUUCAAUGUGACGGGCAUGGCAUUUUCCUACGCCAGUGACUGCGCCGGCUUCUUCUCCCCUGGCAUUUGGAUGGGGCUCAUCACCACCUUGCUCUUUGUCUUUAUCCUGACCUAUGGGCUGCACAUGGUUAUGAGCCUGAAGACUAUGGAUCGCUUUGAUGAUCCCAAGGGCCCAAGCAUUGCUGUGCCCCAGACAGAGUGAUUGGCAUAGGGCACUUCUCAAGCAUUGCUGUGCCCCUGUAGGACCAAUCCCCUGAUCUGUGACCAAUCAAGUACAGUGGUGAUUACAUGUGUGUUCCUGGGAAAGAAAUGGGGACAGAUUAGUAGGAGGUUGUUCUGGUCCUGUGUCCAUUCCUACCAUUGUGUUCUGGGCACUGGAUUAGGUCUCCACUUGGGUUUUUCUGUCCAGUUCCUCCUGGAACCCCCAUUUUAUGCCCAAAUGCUCUUUGAUGUUUCUUAAUGUCAGUUCACUGGAUAUUGAUCCCUUUCUCCCUAUUCCCUAUGCUCCCUAGGAAAUGCUGAAUUAAUUCCUUUGCUUUGCAUGCAGUGUCCCCACAAGGGAGUCCGUAUGUCCAUUGCCGGGCUGUCUGGGGGGGGAGGCAGUGAUCCAUUUGAUGUAUAUUUUCUCAUAGGUGUGUAUAUAUAUAUAUAUAUAUAUAUAUAUAUAUAUAUAUAUAGUACCAGGCCAGUGGCUUGUAUUUAUUUCUCAUUGGGGCCAGUGUGAGACAUCCAGCCAUUCUUUCAGUGCACAGCUAAGCGGCCAUGAUGGAAACGCAAGCGCUGUACCAUGUGGGGUACUGCCCCCUAGGGUGCUGUUACUCAUUACCACGCGGGUUACUGCCCCCUAGGGCGCUGUCGCUCAUUACCACGCGGGUUACUGCCCCCUAGGGCGCUGUCGCUCGUUACCACGCGGGUUACUGCCCCCUAGGGCGCUGUCGCUCGUUACCACGCGGGUUACUGCCCCCUAGGGCGCUGUCGCUCGUUACCACGCGGGUUACUGCCCCCUAGGGCGCUGUCGCUCGUUACCACGCGGGUUACUGCCCCCUAGGGCGCUGUCGCUCGUUACCACGCGGGUUACUGCCCCCUAGGGCGCUGUCGCUCGUUACCACGCGGGUUACUGCCCCCUAGGGCGCUGUCGCUCGUUACCACGCGGGUUACUGCCCCCUAGGGCGCUGUCGCUCGUUACCACGCGGGUUACUGCCCCCUAGGGCGCUGUCGCUCGUUACCACGCGGGUUACUGCCCCCUAGGGCGCUGUCGCUCGUUACCACGCGGGUUACUGCCCCCUAGGGCGCUGUCGCUCGUUACCACGCGGGUUACUGCCCCCUAGGGCGCUGUUGCUCAUUACAAGGCUGGUUACUACCCCUAGAGCACUGUCAUUCAUUACCAUGUGGGCUACUGCCCCCUAGGGAGCUGUCACUCAUUACUAUGUGGGUUACUGCCCCUAUGGAGCUGUCACUCAUUACCAUGUGGGUUAUUGCCCCCUAGGGCGCUGUCGCUCAUUACCCCCUAGGGCGCUGUCGCUCAUUACCACGCGGGUUACUGCCCCCUAGGACGCUGUUGCUCAUUACCAUGUGGGUUACUGCCCCCUAGGGCGCUGUUGCUCAUUACAAGGCUGGUUACUACCCCUAGAGCGCUGUCACUCAUUACCAUGUGGUUUACUGCCCCUAUGGAGCUGUCACUCAUUACCAUGUGGGCUACUGCCCCUAUGGAGCUGUCACUCAUUACCAUGUGGGCUACUGCCCCUAUGGAGCUGUCACUCAUUACCAUGUGGGCUACUGCCCCUAUGGAGCUGUCACUCAUUACCAUGUGGGCUACUGCCCCUAUGGAGCUGUCACUCAUUACCAUGUGGGUUACUGCCCCUAUGGAGCUGUCACUCAUUACCAUGUGGGCUACUGCCCCCUAGGGCCUAUCGUUCAUUACCACACGGGUUACUGCCCCCUAGGGUGCUGGCGCUCAUUACCAUGUGGGGUACUGCCCCUAGGCAGUGGCUUCAGGUUAUUCUUGCCCUGAGCCCCUGUGUGUGGCACCGUAACCUACCUGGGCUGGCAGUCACAUGCUCGUGGGUAAGUGGUACACUGCAGGAAUGGCAGAUUAAUGUUGGUGUGUGUAUGUGUGUGCGCGUAACCCUUCACUGUAUAACCGAGAGGCAAAUAAAAGUGUUUUGUGCUUUGUG